AUGUCUUCUUUUGGUGAAUGUAUUAUCUGCGGAAAUCCAAUUACUACAAGAGUACUUCUCCCUUGCAACCACUCGAAUUUCUGUCUUAAAUGUUAUGAAACAUUAGUUUAUUGUUACAAUGAAGCAAAAUGUCCAUUCUGCCAAAAAGAAAUAGAGUCGGAUCCAGUAUGCACUGCUAAUCCUCACUUAGAUGGAUAUGAAAUAGAAAGACUAAAACCAUAUCAACACGAUCAAAAUUUUCAUAUAUUUUUCGAUGAUCCAGAAAUUAUUUGUGAACUAGAUUCAUAUACUAGAAUUACAUGUCCUGAUUGUCAUGCCUUAUUCAAUAAUUUCUCAACUUUAAGAUCUCACGUAAAUGAAAAGCAUAAUAAAAUGGUUUGCAAGAUUUGCUUUGAUUCCAAUCGAUUUUUACCAUCGGACAUUUCAUUAUAUACAAGAGAAGAGUUCGAAAUACAUAAGAAACAGCAUCCAAAAUGCAGUUGCUGCGAUCAUAUUGCGUUUGAUCAAGAUUCCCUCUCAAAACAUAUGCGUGAAGCACAUUUCAGAUGCGAAAUAUGUGCUAAUGCAGGAAAAAUCCUCUGGUUCCCAACAAUUGAACUAAUUCAAGUUCAUUUUCAUGAAAAACACUACGCCUGCGAAGAUCCUCUCUGCGUUAUGCAAGGAUUUAUCGUUUUUAGCACAAAAGUCGAGUAUUUACUUCACCAAAUCAACGUUCACAACGCAGAUCCAUCGAUAUUGAACGAUCAGAUCGAAAACAAGUCACAAGUCGAAGAUCAAAGUGAUUAUCCAAGUUUCCGUGCUCGACAUACAGAAAAUAUGAAUAGAUUGCUUAAUAAAUUAAAUUCAGAGCAAAAUGUCAAUGCAAAACAGUUAUUGUCGCUUAUUGAAGAUGUAGACAAGCAUAAUAUUACAGCAGAUACGUUCUGCUCUGAAAUUAGGAAACUUUUGACGAAUCAAAUUUCAGAUAAAUUAUUCCCUGACAUUGUUUCAGUAAUUUUAGCUCCAAAAGUCAGAAAUGAAGUGGUCAGAUCAUACCAAGGUAUCAAAGAAGUUAAGAAACAAUUAGAUCAUAAUGAAUACCUACAUUCGAAGAAACAAAGGCUCCUGAACCUCCCAAACCUGUUCACCAAAGAAAUCAAACUGGUUCAAAGAAGAAACCAAAGAAAAUUGUUUUGA